UGUGAUCUUUUGCCUGGCUGCCUGCUGUCAUGUCAUCUGUCUGGUACCUGAGUGUCCUGUGUCUUCUCACACCGGUUCUGGGAGAGAAUGGGACCCGGCCCAAUAUCAUCCUGCUGUUAAUGGACGAUAUGGGGUGGGGAGACCUGGGCGUGUUUGGUGAGCCCUCGAAAGAGACCCCCCAUCUGGACCAGAUGGCAGCGGAGGGGAUGCUGUUUCCAGAUUUUUACACGGCGAAUCCUUUAUGUUCCCCAUCGAGAGCAGCUUUAUUAACGGGACGUCUUCCGGUACGGAAUGGUUUCUACACCACGAAUGCCCAUUCCAGAAACGCUUACACCCCUCAAGAGAUAGUGGGUGGAAUUGCAGACUCUGAAGUGCUGCUGCCUGAACUACUGAAGAAGGCCGGCUAUGUCAACAAGAUUGUCGGCAAAUGGCACUUGGGACACAGGCCCAAAUUUCACCCAUUGAGACACGGGUUUGAUGAGUGGUUUGGGUCACCUAACUGUCAUUUUGGACCGUAUAACAACAAAGAGCGUCCUAAUAUACCGGUGUAUCGGGACUGGGACAUGAUUGGAAGAUAUUAUGAAGAAAUAAAGAUUAAUCAUAAGACUGGGGAAUCAAAUUUAACUCAGAUAUAUCUGCAAGAAGCUUUAAACUUUAUCAGUAAAUAUGCAUCAACAAAGCAGCCAUUCUUCUUGUACUGGGCGAUUGAUGCCACUCAUGCUCCCAUCUACGCCUCCGAACCCUUCCUGGGAAGUAGCCGCAGAGGACUGUAUGGCGAUGCUGUCCGUGAAAUUGAUUCCAGCAUUGGGAAGAUCCUGGAAUCGAUAAAGAACAUGGGAAUAGCUAAGGACACUUUUGUCUUCUUCGCAUCUGACAACGGGGCGGCCCUCAUCUCUGCACCCACCCAAGGAGGCAGCAACUCUCCAUUCCUGUGCGGGAAGCAAACAACCUUUGAGGGUGGUAUGAGGGUGCCAGGGAUUGCUUGGUGGCCUGGACAUUUACCUCCUGGGCAGGUGAGCUACCAGCUAAGCAACAUCAUGGACCUCUUCACCACCAGCCUGGCACUGGCAGGACUAGAUCCUCCUGGGGACAGGCUCAUAGAUGGCAUUGACCUAUCGCCCAUCAUGCUGGAGAGCAAAGUGAUUGACAGGCCAAUAUUCUUUUAUCGUGGCGAUGAGAUGAUGGCGGUCCGACUGGGGCUAUACAAGGCUCAUUACUGGACCUGGACUAACUCGUGGGAAGAGGUGGCUCAGGGGAUUAAUUUCUGUCCGGGACAGAAUAUAACUGGAAUUACAACACAUGACCAAGUCGAGCAUGACCUCAAUCCGCUGUUGUUCCACUUGGGAAGGGACCCUGGAGAGAAAUACCCCAUAAGUGUAUUAAGCAACGAAUACCAGCAAGUAAUGCCAAGGAUCUCCAAUGUCGUUGGCCAGCACAAGGAAUCCAUGAUCCCCGGGGAGCCUCAGCUCAAUGUGUGUGACCUAGCUGUCAUGAAUUGGUCACCCCCGGGGUGUAAGAAGAUUGGGAAAUGUCUGAGUCCGCCGGAGUCAAAACCUUGGAAGUGUGUCUGGCCUCACUGAGCUGCUUCAUAUGAUCCAGAUAUCAAUUCACAAAGCCGCGAGUCACCUGCCACGUGUUACUUCAUCUCUUGAUUAUU